ACAGAGGUGGAGAGACAGAGGUGGAGAGACAGAGGUGGAGAGACAGAGGUGGAGAGACAUAGAGGGAGAGACACACACCACCACACACACCAACACACACACCAACACACACACACCACCACACGCACACCAACACACACACACCACCACACGCACACCAACACACCUACCAACACACGCACCACCACACCCACAAACACACCUACCAACACACACACCAACACACCUACCAACACACACACCAACACACACACCAACACACGCACCAACACACACACCACCACACACACCAACACACACACCAACACACACACACCAACACACACACCAACACACACACCAACACACCUACCAACACACACACCAACACACCAACACACACACCACCACACACACCAACACACACACCAACACACACACACCAACACACCCACCAACACACAAACCAACACACGCACCAACACACCCACCAACACACCCACCAACACAUACACCAACACACACACAAACACACCAACACACCCACCAACACAUACACCAACACACACACACCAACACACACACCAACACACACACCAACACACCUACCAACACACACACCAACACACCAACACACACACCACCACACACACCAACACACACACCAACACACACACACCAACACACACACCAACACACCUACCAACACACACACCAACACACACACCAACACACACACCAACACACCUACCAACACACACACCAACACACACACACCACCACACGCACACCAACACACACACCAACACACACACCAACACACACACCAACACACACACCAACACACCUACAAACACACCCACAAACACACCUGCCAACACACACACCAACACACGCACCAACACACACACACCAACACACACACACCAACACACGCACCAACACACACACCAACACCAACACACACACACCAACACAACUACCAACACACACACCAACACACACACCAACACACACACACCAACACACACCAACACACACACCAACACACACACCAACACACACACCAACACACACACACCAACACACACACACCAACACACACACACCAACACACACACACCAACACACACACCAACACACACACCAACACACACACCAACACACACACACCAACACACACCAACACACACACCAACACACACACCAACACACACACCAACACACACACCAACACACACACCAACACACACACACCAACACACACACCAACACACGCACCACCACCAACACACACACACCAACACACACACCAACACACGCACCAACACACGCACCACCACCAACACACACACACCAACACACCUACCAACACAUACACCAACACCAACACACACACACCAACACACCUACAAACACACACACCAACACCAACACACACACACCAACACACACACCAACACACACACCAAUACACACACCAACACACACACCAACACACACACACCAACACACAUACCAACACACGCACCACCACCAACACACACACACCAACACACACACCAACACACCUACCAACACACCCACCAACACACCCACCAACACAUUCACCAACACACACACCAACACACCCACCAACACACCCACCAACACAUACACCAACACACCCACCAACACACACACCAACACACCCACCAACACACACACACACACACCAACACACCCACCAACACACAUACCAACACACGCACCACCACCAACACACACACACCAACACACACACCAACACACACACCAACACACCCACCAACACACCUACCAACACACACACCAACACACCUACCAACACACCCACCAACACACCCACCAACACAUUCACCAACACACACACCAACACACCCACCAACACACCCACCAACACAUACACCAACACACCCACCAACACACCCACCAACACACACACCAACACACCCACCAACACACAAACCAACACACGCACCAACACAUCCACCAACACACCCACCAACACAUACACCAACACACACACAAACACACCAACACACCCACCAACACAUACACCAACACACACACCAACACACACACCAACACACCAACACACCCACCAACACAUACACCAACACACACACCAACACACACACAAACACAUACACCAACACACCCACCAACACAUACACCACCACACACACCAACACACGCACCAACACACACACCAACACACACACCAACACACAUACCAACACACCUACCAACACACACACCAACACACACACCAACACACACACCAACACACACACCAACACCAACACACACACACCAACACACACACCAACACACACACACCAACACACACACCAACACACGCACCACCACCAACACACACACACCAACACACACACCAACACACGCACCAACACACGCACCACCACCAACACACACACCAACACACCUACCAACACACACACCAACACACACACCAACACACACACCAACACACACACCAACACCAACACACACACACCAACACACCUACCAACACACGCACCAACACAUACACCAACACACACACCCCUACCAACACACACACCAACACACACACCAACACACACACCAACACACACACCAACACCAACACACACACACCAACACACCUACCAACACACGCACCAACACACACACCAACACACACACCAACACACCUACCAACACACACACCAACACACACACCAACACACAUACCAACACACACACCAACACACACACCAACACACACACCAACACACACACCAACACACACACCAACACACCUACCAACACACACACCAACACACACACCAACACACACACCAACACACACACCAACACACCUACCAACACACACACCAACACACACACCAACACACACACCAACACACACACCAACACACACACCAACACACACACCAACACACCAACACACACACCAACACACACACCAACACACCUACCAACACACACACCAACACACCUACCAACACACACACCAACACACCAACAAACACACCAACACACACACCAACACACACACCAACACACCUACAAACACACACACCAACACACACACCAACACACACACCAACACACACACCAACACACCUACCAACACACACACCAACACACACACCAACACACACACCAACACACCUACCAACACACACACCAACACACCUACCAACACACACACCAACACACACACCAACACACACACCAACACACCUACCAACCCACACACCAACACACACACCAACACACAUACCAACACACAUACCAACACACACACCACCACACCUACCAACACACACACCAACACACACACCAACACACAUACCAACACACACACCAACACACACACCAACACACACACCAACACACACACCAACACACACACCAACACACCUACCAACACACCUACCAACACACACACCAACACACACACCAACACACACACCAACACACACACCAACACACCUACCAACACACACACCAACACACACACCAACACACACACCAACACACACACCAACACACACACCAACACACCUACCAACACACACACCAACACACACACCAACACACACACCAACACACACACCAACACACCUACCAACACACACACCAACACACCUACCAACACACACACCAACACACACACCAACACACACACCAACACACCUACCAACACACACACCAACACACACACCAACACACCUACCAACACACACACCAACACACCUACCAACACACACACCAACACACCUACCAACACACACACCAACACACCUACCAACACACACACCAACACACACACCAACACACACACCAACACACACACCAACACACACAUCAACACACCUACCAACACACACACCAACACACCAACAAACACACCAACACACACACCAACACACACACCAACACACCUACAAACACACACACCAACACACACACCAACACACCUACAAACACACACACCAACACACACACACCAACACACCUACAAACACACACACCAACACACACACCAACACACCUACAAACACACACACCAACACACACACCAACACACCUACAAACACACACACCAACACACACACCAACACACCUACAAACACACACACCAACACACACACCAACACACCUACCAACACACACACCAACACACCUACCAACACACACACCAACACACCAACAAACACACCAACACACACACCAACACACACACCAACACACACACCAACACACAUACCAACACACACACCAACACACACACCAACACACACACCAACACACACACCAACACACACACCAACACACCUACCAACACACACACCAACACACACACCAACACACACACCAACACACACACCAACACACCUACCAACACACACACCAACACACACACCAACACACACACCAACACACACACCAACACACCUACCAACACACACACCAACACACACACCAACACACACACCAACACACACACCAACACACCUACCAACACACACACCAACACACCUACCAACACACACACCAACACACACACCAACACACCUACCAACACACACACCAACAUACACACCAACACACACACCAACACACACACCAACACACCUACCAACACACACACCAACACACACACCAACACACCUACCAACACACACACCAACACACCUACCAACACACACACCAACACACCUACCAACACACACACCAACACACCUACCAACACACACACCAACACACACACCAACACACACACCAACACACACACCAACACACACACCAACACACCAACAAACACACACACCAACACACACACCAACACACCUACAAACACACACACCAACACACACACCAACACACCUACAAACACACACACCAACACACACACCAACACACCUACAAACACACACACCAACACACACACCAACACACCUACCAACACACACACCCCUACCAACACACACACCAACACACAAACCAACACACACACCAACACACACACCAACACACCUACCAACACACACACCACCACACACACCAACACACAGACCAACACACCUACCAACACACCUACCAACACACACAACCCUACCAACACACACACCAACACACACACCAACACACACACCAACACACACACCAACACACCUACCAACACACACACCAACACACGCACCAACACACACACCAACACACAUACCAACACACACACGAACACACCUACCAACACACACACCAACACACACACCAACACACAUACCAACACACCUACCAACACACACACCAACACACACACCACCACACACACCAACACACACACACCAACACACAUACCAACACACCCACCAACACACCCACCAACACACACACCAACACACACACCAACACACAUACCAACACACCUACCAACACACACACCACCACAUACACCAACACACACACCAACACACACACACCAACACACACACCACCACACACACCACCACAUACACCAACACACACACCAACACACACACCAACACACGCACCAACACACACACCAACACACACACACAAACACACCUACCAACACACACACCAACACACACACACGCAAACACAAACACACAUGGAAAUGCACACACACAUGGAAACGCAAACACAAACACACACACACACACACACAUGCCCAAAAGUGAUCCUGCUGGUGAUGGGACAUCACCUCCUGGUGUGAUGAUGUCACAGAUAAUCAUCAUCACCCGUUACUCUGACCCAUCAGGCUACCAUGACCACUACACACCAGCAGCAACACUGACGGCCCUGUGUGUGCGUGUGUGUGUGUGUGUGUGUGUGUGUGCGUGCGUGCGUGCGUGCGUGCGUGUGUGUGUGUGUGUGUGUGUGUGUGUGUGUGUGUGUGUGUGUGUGUGUGUGUGUGUGUGUGUGUGUGUGUGUGUGUGUGUGUACCGGAGGGGUGGGCUAUGUCAGUUUUUGUAUUUAGUAAGGAUCCCAUGAUCAGCAGCUACUCUUCCUGGGUCCAGCAACGUUAAUUAAGGGAGUUAUAUACAAUUACAUGACAUUACGUUUCAUAACACUUCUCACAGCACAGUGUGUUCCCUCAGGCCACUACUCUACUUACACAUAUCUACAAUUCAACAUCCAUGUGAACGUGUGUGUAGAGUGCGUCUCUUCUCAUGUGUAUGUCUGUCUUUGCCUGUGUGUCUUUUCACAGUCCCCGCUGUUCCGUAUUGUGUAUUUUUUGGGGUCUCAUUCCAAUGCUUGCAUCAGUUACCUGAUGUGGAAUAGAGUUCCAUGUAGCUAUGGCUCUAUGUAGUACUGUGCACCUCACAUAGUCUGUUCUGGACUUGGGGUUUGUGAAGAGUCCUUUGGUGGCAUGUCUUUUGGGGUAUGCAUGGGUGUCUGAGCUGUGUGCUAGUAGUUUAAACAGACAGCUAGGUGCACUCAGUGUGUCAACACUUCUUACAAAAACAAGUAGUGUUGAAGUCAAUCUCUCCUCCACUUUGAUCCAUGAGAGACUGAUAUGUAUAUGAUUAAUGUUAGCUCUAUGUUACAUUUAAGGGAAAGUCGUACUGCCCUGUUCUGAGACAAUUGUAGUUUUCCGAGGUCCCUCUUUGUGGAACCUGACCACAUGACUGAACAGGAGUCCAGUUGGGAGAAAAGUAGAGCCUGUAGGACCUGUCUUGUUGAUAGUCUAGUUAAAAAGGCAGAGCAGCACUUUAUUAUGGACAGACUUAGUUACUGGAAUAAGCAAUUUCAUAAAUGUGUCAAGUGCAGCGUUUGGUUGCUCCUCAUUACACACCACAGACCAGCAAAUAUUCUUUACAUCAAUAACAUAUGAAUCAUUACAAAACGUCUCGUAUGACCUCUUAUACACUUUAUUAGGCCCAGCCUUUGGAACUUUGGUUUUCCUAGAUGUGGCUACUAUAUCGUGAUCCUAUAAGAUGGGUGUGGCUACUAUAUCGUGAUCCUAUAAGAUGGAUGUGGCUACUAUAUCGUGAUCCUAUAAGAUGGAUGUGGCUACUAUAUCGUGAUCCUAUAAGAUGGAUGUGGCUACUAUAUCGUGAUCCUAUUAGAUGGAUGUGGCUACUAUAUCGUGAUCCUAUUAGAUGGAUGUGGCUACUAUAUCGUGAUCCUAUUAGAUGGGUGUGGCUACUAUAUCGUGAUCCUAUUAGAUGGAUGUGGCUACUAUAUCGUGAUCCUAUAAGAUGGAUGUGGCUACUAUAUCGUGAUCCUAUUAGAUGGGUGUGGCUACUAUAUCGUGAUCCUAUUAGAUGGAUGUGGCUACUAUAUCGUGAUCCUAUUAGAUGGGUGUGGCUACUAUAUCGUGAUCCUAUAAGAUGGAUGUGGCUACUAUAUCGUGAUCCUAUAAGAUGGAUGUGGCUACUAUAUCGUGAUCCUAUUAGAUGGAUGUGGCUACUAUAUCGUGAUCCUAUAAGAUGGAUGUGGCUACUAUAUCGUGAUCCUAUUAGAUGGAUGUGGCUACUAUAUCGUGAUCCUAUAAGAUGGAUGUGGCUACUACAUCGUGAUCCUAUUAGAUGGGUGUGGCUACUAUAUCGUGAUCCUAUAAGAUGGAUGUGGCUACUAUAUCGUGAUCAAUGCAUGAGAUGGAUGUGGAUACUGCUUUAAAGCAGAUUUCUGCAGCAUUAGUAAAGAUGUGAUCCAUACAUGCUGAUGAUUUUGUUCCUCUGCUGUGUGUAACUUCCCUGGUAUGGUGACUAAUAACCUGCAUGAGGUUACAGGCAAACGUUUUGUUAAGUGGGCAACUUGACGAAAGCCAGUCAAUACUUAAAUCACCCAGAAAAUAUACUUCUCUGUUGAUAUCACCUACAUUAUCAAGCAUUUCACACAUGCUAUCCAGUUGCCAUGGCACACAGCGACCUGGAAGCUAUGCUAAUCGUCAUGAACAGAUUAGGCAGGGUUGACUGCUGGAAGUUCAAUGGUAACACACCCACACACCCACACACACACACACACACACACACACACACACACACACACACACACACACACACACACACACACACACACACACACACACACACACACACACACACACACACACACACACACACACAGAGCCUUCACACUCUGUUCUAUUACCUUGCUCCAUACAGCCAUGUGUGUGUUGGUGUAAAGUUUAGCCAAAGUCAUCCAGCCCUCUUGUGUAUCUGUGUGUAGAUUGAUGAUGUCUGAAGCAGGGAGGGAGAUUAUUCCUCUAUAGAUUUAUCAUGUCUGGACUACUAACUGGCUGAUUAUGCAAAGGAGACAUAGUGCAACCCAACACAGAGACACGAUGCAACCAGAGAGAGAUACUGUAAAUAGAGAGAGGGCUGAUUAUGCUACGGAGACAUAGUGCAACCCAACACAGAGACACGAUGCAACCAGAGAGAGAGAUACUGUAAAUAGAGAGAGAGAGGGCUGAUGGUUGUAUGCCCAGUAAUAUAACAGAGUAUAAUGAGAUGUCUCUUCUCCAUGAAAGAUUGUUACAUAAAAAAUGUAAAUUAAAAAAGUCUCCCCUCCACUCCUCUACCUCCUCCACCACUCAUCACCAUGUCCAAAACAAUUGUCUGCUUGACUCCCUUGAGGGUUUGUGUGUGUGUGUGUGUGUG